AUGACGGUCGGAGAAUGGAGAAAAUUUUAAAAGGUUUUAACACACUUUAAAAAAAGGAUGUUCCCAGUUUGACCUGUAUGUAUGGAGGUGUCAGAGAAAUUAAGUUCUAUUAUGAAGUAUCAGAUUCCACUAUUACUGAUACAAUUUGCUUUUCACGAGAUUAUGAUGCUGACGAUGAUUUUACGGACGGUAAUAAACCUGGAGAAAAAGGGCAAAAGGGCGAAAAAGGCGAUAAAGGUAUAAAAGGUGAAGUUGGAGAGUCUGUCACAGGACCCGCAGGUCCCUCGGGUCCUCGUGGUCCAGAAGGUCCCCAGGGGCAACGAGGUCCAAAAGGUGAUGAAGGUGCAUGCCAAUGUUCAGAAACAGUUGUAUCCAGCUUGUUAAAAACUAUGCCUGAAAUGAGGGGACCGAGAGGAGAAACCGGAGAAGCUGGACCACAAGGCAGACACGGUGAUCAAGGCGAAACAGGUCCGAGAGGCCAUAAAGGGGAAACAGGGGAGAAGGGGGAAAAGGGAAGCGAUGGCAUUCCAGGGAAAGAUGGUUCUGCAGGCCCUAGAGGUGAAACGGGAGAAACAGGACUCCAAGGUCUUAGAGGACUACAGGGAAUUCAAGGGCCUCCUGGACCACCAGGGCCUGGUCCUAAGGACAUAGAAGUGAGAAAAGAAAUACCAGUGGUUGGACCUAGAGGAGAACAGGGACCAACCGGUCCUCCGGGUACACCGGGAAUUCAGGGCAUACAAGGUUCGAAAGGUGAAACAGGACACGAAGGUGUCAAAGGACAAAAGGGUGAAAAGGGCAAUUUUGGUCCAGAAGGACCAAAAGGAAAGACGGGAGAUCGCGGCCUACCAGGGUUAGACGGUUCACCUGGGAAACCGGGAAAACAUGGUGACCACGGAGAAAAGGGAGAAAGAGGUGACACCGGAGUAAAAGGUGAUACGGGUGCUCCUGGCAUGCCAGCGAAAUUGUCCUCAAUACUCGAUUCCGAUGACGAAGAAAAUCCAAAAAUAGUUGAAUUGCUCCGAGGUCACAAGGGCGAUAAAGGAUCGAGUGGAGAAAAGGGUGAUACGGGAGAAUCAGGUGCCACUGGCCCUAAAGGAAUAGCAGGUCGAGAUGGCCGCCAUGGACAGCAUGGAGAGAAAGGUGAUAUUGGACCACCUGGAGAAACUGGCCUCGCAGGCCUAAAAGGAACAAAAGGGGACAGGGGUGAAAGAGGUCCACCCGGUCUACCAGCAAAUGUACCUGACAUUGCACUGAAGGGUAUCGUAGGUCCAGAGGGCCCCGUAGGUGAACCCGGACCUCCUGGUGAUGUGGGACCUAAAGGGUCCAAGGGUGCAUUAGGAACUAAAGGCGAUAAGGGUGAUCGAGGACAUACUGGUCACCGUGGUGCAACGGGAGCAACAGGAUCUUCGGGUAAAGAUGGCACUAAGGGUGAAAAGGGUGAGAAAGGUGAAGGAGCGCCCUCAAUUGACACUACAAAGCUCAAAGGAAAUAAAGGUGAUAGGGGUGAAUUAGGACCUCAGGGUGAACGGGGUAUUCCAGGUUCACCCGGUUCAAAUGCAACUUGCUUGAAAUGCCAAAGUGAGCCUACUAUUGGUCCUCCGGGUCCACCUGGACCGUCUGGCCCACCCGGACAACUCGGGCCACCAGGGCCAUCCGGAACCGCUGGACCAGCUGGACCUUCUGGACCACCUGGGCCUUACGGACCACCAGGGCCACCCGGUCCCCCUGGGCCACCUGGUCCAAGAGGCCUAUCAUUGGUUGGUCCAAAAGGGGAACCAGGUGGAAUUGUUACCCAGAAAACGCUCCUAACGUUCACAAAGGGAGAUCCACAACAAAACCAUGAUGGUGAUUGCGACUGUUUCACCUCUUCUACUAUAAUUUUUAAGACUACAACUGCACUUUUAAGGAGAACUUCCGAUACGCGUGAGGGCACACUGGCUUACGUGUUGCAAGAGAGAGCUUUGUUUCUGAGAAUCGAUAGAGGUUGGCAGCACGUGACGAUGGGAGCUAUGAUUGACCCGGUUAACGUACCUCAACGACCUAUACUAGAGACCUACACCACUACCACCACAAGAAGAUAUCCGAAAUAUAGUCCACAUACUGUUUCACCUUUGAAUAUUCCAUCAACGACGCCGCAUCACAAUGAGAAUCAUAUUCGUAUGAUAGCACUCGAUGAGCCGUACUCUGGUCGAAUGCUGUUGGGUGAUCGCGUCGGUUGGAACGCGGCAAACAGACAAUGCCACCGGCAAUCCAGGAACAUUGGUGGCAAUUUCAGGCCAUUCCUGACGAUGGACACACUAAACCUACGUCACAUUUGGCCAAAGAACUACAAUCACCUCCCGGUGACUAACUCUUUUGGUCAAUUGUUAUUUGACUCCUGGGGCAGCAUCUUCAACGGUUCAGGCGCGCCAGUAGCCUAUUCAAAUGAGAACAUACUGUUCAGUUUCAACGGCAAGAAUGUAAUGAAAGAAAAUAAAACUUGGCCAACUAAGGCAGUAUGGCAUGGCAGCACUGUCACUGGUGACGUCACUCCAGGUGGUUUCUGUAACAAAUGGGAGAGUGAUAGUUCUAGCAGCUACGGUGUUGCAUCGCCUUUAUCCAGUAAAAAACUCUUGGCACAAGAUAGAUAUUCUUGCGACACGAGACUUAUAGUGCUAUGCGUUGGGUUCAAAGAAAGAUACCUAAUUAUUAUAUUAAAAUAUCAUUUUCAGAAACAUCCUACGAAGGCGGCACUCGAAUGCUGAAAGAAGAUUGUAUUUUCGAACGCCGUAG